CUCCCUUCCAACACCAGCAAAGAGACAGAAAGCAAGAGAAACAGGUCUUCUCUCUAUCAGCCAUGGCACUGAACCUAGCUCUGGAAACAGCUUCGGCAACCAAGCCUUCUCCUUUCCUCAACUCCAUCUUCAUGUCGACUGUGAGCACCGCGGCAAAGACGCUUGCUACGGUUGCCAAAGCCGCUUCUGGAGAAUUAGAUGGGCAGAAAUGGAGGCCCAAAGACCAUCUAAGAUACAUGCUCAUGAUGAUGAUCUGGAUGACUGUGUGGGUCCUUAGGGUUAUGGUGGACCACUUUCCUUGUUCCAUCAUUCAAUCCCCACCGGCCAUUCUCGAUGGCUUGGUCUCCGGCAGAUCUUCGUCUUCAGAUUCACUGGUUUUGCAUGAAGAGUUUGGUGAUGGGUCUUCAACUAAUGCCAUUGGGAGGGCUCUCUCUCAUAUAUUCGCGCUUGUAAACGAGACCCCAGCCACGUCGCGCAAGUACCAGUUCGCGGUGGCGAUGGCGGACAAGAUCGUGGACGAGAACGCCCGAGAGGGCCAUGAAUACCUGGCCGAGAUCAACCGAACGGCUCUCUCCGCGGCUUUCUCCCGUACAUCCAACCUCCUCUACCGAUCCCUCCAGACCAUGCACUCCAUCUACCAGCACUCCGACGAUACCUCCACGUGGCCUGCUCGUGUAAUCCACUCGCUCCCCCUCGGGUCCCACCUCCUCUCCUACUUCAAGGGCAUCUGCUUCUGCCUCGGGAGCUUCUUCCCUUCCUCGUCGCCUGACACGUCAAGAUCGCAGAAGCAACUGGCAGCAGCCAGUGACGUGACCUGGGUAGCCGGUGGGGACGAGAGUGUGUUGGCUGAGAAGCUGGCGCAGGAGCUGCUAUGGAUAACGAGCAAAAUGAGGCUUUGUUCGGCCGUGGAAGAGGCCGUUGUGCAGUGGAGCUUUGCUACGGGCCUGGCGUCGCUUUCUCUGACCGCGAAUACGCGAGUACAAGGCUCUAUCGUCAAAAUAACGGCAAUCCUCAUGAGGGAGCUCGCUCGUGGAGAAUUCGAGGCGGGAAGGCAGGUGAAGUUCCGGAUCUUCGUCCUCUGGCUACCUCUUCUCUGCUACGCGAGCAACGGACUAACCUGCCCCGUUCUAACGGGAUUCGAGAAAGGGGAGAUGGAGCGUGUGAUGGAGGAUGUGAUCUCGAGCUUGCCUGCAACCGACCAGGAAGUAAUUCUCGCAAACUGGCUGCAGGAUUUCACUGUUUCCUGCUCCGACUGGCCCAAUCUCCAGAGAUGCUAUGAUCGAUGGUGCCGAUGCUCCCGGAAGUUACUUCUCUAGUUACUACCCCUUGUUUUUUUUAUAGAUAACGCCCGUUUUUUCACUAAGUUCUCUAACGCAGUAGUACCACUUGGUACUGUUACAUUACGAGAAUGGAGAAAAUAUGGGUGUGGCUUUCUUGUUUA